CUAGCCAGCAGCAGCAGCAGCAGCAGCAUCGGCGGCAGCAGCAGCGGCGGCGGAGCGGAGAGGAGCGCAGCGGAGCGCCGAUCUGACAGCGCAGGGGAGCGGCUCACUGUGACCCCGAUCUCCGGUGAAACGACCGCUGCUCGGCGGGGCGGGGAGGUGGAAACUGACAGACAGCGCGGACGGCAGCGUCGUUCGAUAAGACGGACCGUCGUGUCGGCGGUCAGACAGACAGCAACAGUUGUCACGAUGUCUGAGAUCAGAUGAGGCGAGAUCGGCGGAGUGAACAUUGCGGCGCUGCUGUGAUCCGGGCCGGGCGGGAUAAACGUGUUGCUGCGACUGCUCCGCCUGCAAUGAUACAGCCGUCUUAAUUACCUCGGAGAUCAAGGGGGACGUGUAAUAUAACAUCCGCUGUUUAUCAUUCUGGGUGUCGAGCAUCUUGCGGCUCGUCGCCCAGCCCUGGUUGUGUCGAGGUUUUAUCUGCGGCUGAGGUGAAUCCAGACGUCGGGGCUGGCUCAUGUUCCGCUCAGCAGGGAAACGGGCUGUUGCGUCUGCAGAGAGUCAGAGCUGACGAGCCUGCCGAGCGACACACACAGACAGGCAGGGCCGAGAGACAGACAGGAGCGAGGGGAGGGGGGCGACAGCCUGUGUCGGCUCUCUCGACCCCUUUGCGGAUCGAGCCGAGCCCCCCUGUUUGCACAGAGAACCCCCACCCAUUCGUCUCCCGCUUUGGAUGGGGGGAAAGCAGAGCACGGCGGGCCGGCCCCGGGGUGCUUUUCCCGGCGUCUCAACGGAUGACAGCGCGGUGCCACCCUCGGCCCACUUCGGCCACUACCGGCCGAGCGGCACUAUGGGCUUGCGGAGUCGCUCGGUGAGCUCCGUGGCCGGGAUGGGCAUCGACCACAGUCCCGCCGUGCCCUUCGGCUUCUACACCCCCCGAGGGACGGACUCGGACCGAGCCGGAGGGGGGUCGGCGGGCACUACCGCCGCCCCCCAUGGUACCGGCUACCAGGACACGGGGGGCGGAGGGCAUCACACGGACGGGGUGCUCUAUCUGGGGUCCGGGGGGUCGCUGGCUGACACCUUGCCCCUGCACAUCGCACCCCGCUGGUUCAGCGCGCACAGCGGAUUCAAGUGUCCUGUCUGCUCCAAGUCUGUGGCGUCCAACGAGAUGGAGGUUCACUUCAUCAUGUGUCUCAGCAAGCCCCGCCUCUCCUACAACGAUGAUGUGUUGGCGAGGGAUGCCGGUGAGUGUGUGAUCUGUCUAGAGGAACUGCAGCAAGGGGACACCAUAGCCAGACUGCCGUGCCUCUGCAUCUACCACAAAAGCUGUAUAGACUCCUGGUUCGAGAUCAACCGGUCCUGCCCAGAACACCCCUCUGACUGACGGACCACCAGGCCCAUUAUGAAUACUGCUCAAAGACACCUCAUGGUCCUGCCAUGGAUAUCUGGACACAGACGCAAACCAAAUCAGAUGAAACAAUCGAAGCAAACUGAAUCAUACCUAUCCUUAUGGAAUCCAUCACUCUGAGAGAAUUAUUCCUUGUGAACUGAACCAAAAAAAAAAAAGAAGUGAUCAUAAAAACCAAUGCAAUGCUGUCAUCCAUUAAAGAGCCUCCGAUCCCGCCCCCCCACUGACCCCUCUGUUGCCCGUCUGCUAAAGAGACUGCUAACUCCCCCCACCCCCUCCUCCCCCCCACCCCUCCAGGCUUACACGGUCUCUAAAGGGGCUUUGUCGGGCGUUCGACACCCCCCCCCCCGCAACUCCUCAACUCCCCUCUGCAACUCCCCCCUCCCGCCGUCCUCCAUCCCGGCUCCAUCAUGGCAGCCAGUUGCCUCCCCGACGUGGCUCAGGUCUCCCACGGGCCUCGAGCGGCCGGCACUUCCAUCUUGUAUCUGGAGCGAGGCCUGUCAAUCACUUGUGUCCAGCCCUCCCAUGGCCUUAAUUGGGAACAGGAGAGGAAACUAGUGUGUGUGUGUGUGGGUGUGUUGGGGGGGUCAAAAAGCAAGAGGAAAACCAGAGAGGAGGAGGAGGAGGAGGCAGGAGGAAGGCAGCUGCCGAACGGAGAACUGCAACGGUGUUUGAGGCUUGCUGUGCAGAGCGAGCGACACGACUAGGACUGCCUUGUACAUUAUCCGGUGGGCCUCUCAUUCUCAUCAACAGGACCGGCGGCUCGACGGCGCCCCCCUCAUCACAGACUGGGUCCCAGUGUGCUUCGUCGUUGUAGUUUCUGUCCCAGUUCUGCGCCCUCGUGCACCUCGUGAGAAGUGCGCACCUCUGCAUCUUUCUCUUCGGGGCGGAUUUGUUUUUAACUGAGUUGACAAGUAA